AUCAACUAGAAAGCAGGAGAGAGGGUCAACAUGGCGGAUAUAGGUCUAAGAGGAACCAACGCCAGUCAAGAUUCGAGGUUCAAAGAUAAAGAGGCUGCUUCUAUCAAAGCUACAAAGUUCCCCAAACAUUUCGAUCAGAAGGUCGACUUGCGUAAAGUCAACGUCUCGGUCCUACGUAAUUGGGUAGCUCAGAAAGUCACCGAAUUGAUACGUGUAGAAGAUGAUAUAGUGGUAGAGUUUGCAUUUGGGAUGUUGGAGGAUAGGGACAAUCCUAUCCCUGAUCCGAGAAAAAUGCAAGUCAACUUGGUUGGGUUCAUGGACAAACAUGGUGCUGCCGCCUUCAUGGACCAAUUAUGGACAUUGUUGUUAUCCGCCCAGAAGACCGUUGGGGGUGUUCCCGCCGAGUUCAUCGCAGCAAAAAAAGCCGAAUUAGGGGCCAAACAAGCUCAACAAGCCACUCCGGUCAUCCCAGACCCACCCCGUGGCGGUAGACCCACAGCACAAGACUCGUUUGACCGACCCCCCCAGAACGAUCGUGCGUAUCCUCCCAGAGGAGGAUUCAGGAGAGAUAAUUUCCAACCUCCACGGGAGCGGGAUUCGGGGUAUGGAGCAAGGGGAGGAGGACCUGAUGUUCGUGAUCCAGGCUAUGGUCCGAGGGGUGGUAGACCGGAUGACAGACAGAGAGGACCAUAUGUUGGUCCUAAUGACUCUAGCCACGGGGGAUACAGCAAUGGUAGUAAUGACGACGCGGGCGGGUAUGGAGCUCAAGAUGGAGGCAGUGGACGUGAUGGACCUGGCAAAUGGGAAAGACGAACUCAACGCGACAGGUCAAAUAGUCGUAGUCCUCCUAGAAAAUAUCGAAGGUCGCCUUCUCCACGUCGCAAACCUAAUAGUCCACCUCGACGUCGUUCCCCUUCACCCCGACGUCGAUCUCCACCUGUCCGUCGACGUCGUUCGCCUAGUCGGAGCGUCACUCCUCCACGUCGACGAGGAUCGAUACGUGAAAGAGACGAUACACCUCCUCUAAAAAGAGAAAGAUCCCCGACUGUAUCUCGUAGUCCCUCACCUGUGAGGAGACGUAAAGGCAUACGAUCACCCACUCGUACCAGGAGUCCGUCACCGGUGAGACGACAUAAACGGCGGUCCCCUUCACGGCCCAGGAGUCCUGUCAGGAGAAGGAGUCCACCGAAGCGGAGGGGUAGAUCUCCGGAGAGUGAAUCUCCUGCAAGAAAGCGCAAAGAUUCGCCCAGUGUUACACCACCACCGAAGAAGAACAGACGGUAUCCCGAUGACGUUUCGCCCCCUCCUGACCCUGCUCGGAGGGUCGGAAGACGAUCACCCAGCCGAUCCCCGACACCACCGAGGAAAAGAAGAGAUUCUCCAGGUCCACCUCCAAGAAGACGGAAACCAUCCUACAGUCCAUCACCCAAAAGAAGGAAGAGGUCACCGAGCUCCACGGUCGCUGCGUCACUGAGAUCUGAUUCAGAUGGAAGAGGUAGAUCGGCCACUGUCACUCCUCCGCGGAGGGUGUCAGGGGGUAGGCAGAAGAGUCUCAGUCCAAUUGGGCGAUCUAUGAGACGAUCUGAAGCUGAGAAAGAUGAGGAAGGACAGGGGGAGACGGGAGACACACGUGGAGGUGGUAUGAAGGUCGACAGGGCUAUCAGAGAGACGGAGGGUGAAGCCGAUGGAGUCACGAGAAAAGGCAGAGGGUUCAAAGAGAGAGAACUCGAAGGUCCUCUACGAUCAUCUCGAUGGGCGUGAUGUUUCCUCUGAUACUGCCAUGCAUCGAAUGUCAUC